AUGGGAAGCUGCUCAAGCAAGAAUAAAAUUGUAAAUAAGCAAGCAAUUAUUACUACAAAAAACAAUCCUUCUAGUGCAGCACAUGAAUCACAAGACUCUGCUGGAAAUAAAAAUCCUGAAUUUGGGAAAGGAAAAAGCAGCAUAAGUGUUUCUGAGAAUCUUGAAAAGAAAAAAGGAACAGACACAGAAACCUCAUUACCAUAUCUAAAAAAUGACACUAAAUUAAUUGCUUCUGUGCGAUCCCCUGACAAUUUUGAAUAUGCCUCGAAAAAUUACGAGCUUAGGAGAUUUGAACUGAAUGUACAAAUCACUAUUAAUUUGUUAAUUCAAAAAGUUACAAAUGGGAUAGGGAAUUAUAAAGCCUACACAAGCAAUAUUAGAAUUUUGAUAGGGAUAGCAAGGCUUUCAGAUUAUGUUAUAAAGCUAGGCCAAUGCAUCUAUAUCUGCCCUGAUUUCCCUGAGAAAGAAAAUUAUGCAAUUUUUCCGACUAAUGAUUGUUAUGAUGAGCCUUAUCAAUUGGCUGAGGUAAAAGAAGGUAUUAAUUUUUUAGUGCAAUGCUGCAAUGAAAGAUGCAAAGCAUAUGAGAGAUUGGUUGUCUGUUCUUUAGGAUUUGGGACUUUUUAUUAUUCUGAUUCAGUUGAAAGUCUAAAAUGUCCUUAUUGUAAAAAAUUUAUUGAUAAGGUCGAGUCUGUAGGAUUUUAUAAAUGCUUUUGAGUAUUAACAAAGAGAGAUGCUUUUAGUGGAAAGAUAAGUGAUGUUGAGGAGCAGCUUGCCUGGAAUCAAACUUUGGUUGAAAAUUUUGAAGAGAUUGGACAAAUGGAUUUGAAUUACUUAACAUUGGAGAAAAUAAAUAUUUUUAAAAUAAUAGCAUACAUAUUAAUUAUUAUUUUUUGUUAAAAACAUUGAAAAAUUAUUUAUUUUAAAAAGAUGCAGGUUAGUUAUUAAAGUGAGAAAAAUUCCAGAUUAUGAGGUCUAUCUCUUUAAAAGUGAUGAUAUUUCUGAAAAUUAA